CAAACUCGAGCUGCAGUGUCGUGCUUAAAAUUAAGAGUCUGUUUAAAACAGUUCAUACAUCCAGUUUAUUCUGUGGAGUUAUGAAGUGACACCCACUGCUUGUUAUAUUUCACUGUCGUACAGAUAUGGGCUGGGCUGCACCAAUUUUGCAAGUGAGAAAUGAAGGUGAAGAUAAAGCAGUGGAACGGCGUGGCAUCCUGGCUGUGGGUGGCCAAUGACGAGAACUGUGGCAUCUGUAGAGCCCCGUUUAAUGGCUGCUGUCCAGACUGUAAAGUCCCUGGUGAUGACUGCCCACUGGUCUGGGGUCAGUGCUCACACUGCUUCCACAUGCACUGCAUUCUGAAGUGGUUGAACUCGCAACAGGUCCAGCAGCAGUGCCCGAUGUGUCGCCAGGAGUGGAAGUUCAAAGAGGGAGAAACAUCAUGAGGUGAUUAAAUAAACUAUUACAAUAUCA